AUGGCUGUCGUCUCUAAGCUCCUGGGCUUUCCUAGCCUGACGUUAGCCGCUGUCAUCGAAUCUUUCUUCGCAAUCAAAGUAUUUCCAGACUAUUACGACUCGAAGAGCCACUUGGCUGCGGUAUUCACUAUCUUGCUUGUCAAUUAUGCGUUUGGAAUCGUUUUCUGGGGGUUUCUAUACCCAGUCUUCUUCAGCCCUCUCCGACACAUUCCUGGCCCAAGAGAUUAUCUGAGUGCCGCUCAUCGAGGCAUCGCUGUCAAGGACAAGCCAUCCGGCGAUCUAUUCGUAGAUAUUGCCAACCGAACUCACAUCAUGGUGACGAACCCUCUGCUUCUAGCUGACCUUCUCGUUCAUAACUGUUACGACUUCACCAAACCGAAGAGAAUCAGCGCCUUCUUACGACAUAUUCUCGGCGAUGGUCUCAUUAUCGUUGAAGGCGAGCCUCACAAAUUUCUGCGCAAGAACUCAACACCAGUCUUCCACUUUCGACACAUCAAGGAGCUAUACCCCAUGAUGUGGGAGAAGAGUCAGUCGCUAGCUCGGGCAAUACAACAAGAUAUGACCACAUCGAGGUCAUCAGUCGUUGAGCUCAACAGUUGGGCGAGCAAAGUUACACUCGAUAUCAUUGGUAUUGCUGGUCUGGGUCGCAGAUUCGAUGCCGUUGAGAAGAAGAAGGAUCCCCUCGCAGACAUUUAUGAAGGCUUGCUCGAGCCGAGCCGGGAGAAGCUCAUCUUUUCUGGUCUGGCGCUGGCUGUUGGUCUGCCAUUUGUUCGUCUCAUUCCGUGGAAGAUGAACGACGUCUUCAACUAUCUGACCGGAACGUUAAACGAGCUUUGCUACCCUAUGAUCCAGGAGAAGAAGACAGCCAUUCUCGAGAAGGGUGAUGACCACUUCGAUGUCUUGUCACUUCUCAUCAAGUCGGGCAACUUUUCGGACGAGGCCUUGAAGGACCAGCUUUUGACCUUCCUUGCGGCAGGGCAUGAGACUACCUCAUCUGCGAUAACCUGGGCAUGCUACCUACUCACCAAGCACCCAGAAUACCAAGCCAAGCUCCGAGAGGAGGUCAGGAACGGGUUACCAGAGGAUCUAGCCACCAACCCGACGGUUGACCUCGCUGGUAUUCUCGAGCAACUUCCCUACCUGAACGGCGUCAUGCACGAGACACUCCGACUCUACCCAACGGUUCCACUGACGAUGCGCCAAGCCAUCCGCGACACCCGCAUCGGUGACCAGUUCAUCCCCGAAGGCACAGAUAUCAUGGUGUCAAUCUGGUAUAUCAACCGAUCAGAAGCUAUCUGGGGCCCUGACGCGACAGAGUUCAAGCCUGAGCGAUGGAUCACAGACGACGGGAAGCCUAAUCAGAACGGAGGAGCAAGCAGCAACUACAAUUUUCUCACCUUCUUGCAUGGGCCGAGAAGUUGCAUCGGACAAGGAUUUGCGAAGGCAGAGUUGCGAUGCUUGCUGGCUACCAUGGUCAGGUCGUUUGAGUGGACGUUGUCUAUGGAUGAUAAACUCGUGAUGCCAAGGGGAGUGAUUACGAUCAAGCCAGAGAAUGGCAUGUAUUUAGAUUUGAAGGCUCUAUGA